AUGUUCAAAAAAAUAUUUCCACCAAAGGCUCUAUUUACCCCAAGACGCGCUACUAUACCAAGAUACGCUUCUCGACAUAUACCAUCUUCUGACCAUAUUAAUAUAAGCGUUGGCACCUUAAUUGCUCUCGUCUGUUCUGUCGGAGGGGGGACAAUUGCAGUAGCACGAAUGAUCAAAGAAGUCAUGGAGGGACAUAAAUCGUUCGAAAGUCGAUUUGACAAAGUGGAAACUCGUCUCAACCGAUUAGAAGAUCAUGUCGUCGGCUUUGCCAAAGAAAAUGAGUAUAUUAAGGCGAUGCUAGAGAACAAGUCGGAGGGCAAGCCGAUCGAAGAAAAAAAAAAUAAACCUCCGUUUGCAAAUCUACGA